UCCGGCUCCGGCUCCGCGGGCGGAGGGGGCGGAGAGAAGCUGCAGCUGCAACUUCGCCUGGAACCUGUGAGCUGGGGCUCAGCCGGGCUCAGCCGGGGACCGAGCCGCCGUCACCGCGGAGCCGCCGCUCCCCCGGCCCCGGCCUCAGCCCAGCCGGCUCGGCCAUGGCAGCUGCCGCUGCGGAGAAUCUGGCCCCUGCGGUUCCUUACCGUCGUUGAAGAGCCGUUAACCGGUCCGCCCUCCUGCGGGCUCGCCGCGGCCCGGGCUCCGCACAAGUUUCCGGCGCCGAAGAAGCAGGAGGCAAAGGCGGGGAAGGACUGACGUGGGGAGUCGGGCGCCCCCGGCCCUCCCGCUCGCGAUGUGGGGCCGCCUCCUAGCCCCGGAGGCCGGUAGCCGGGAUAGCCCCGGCGGAGCCCGCAGCGUCCCAGCGGGCCCAGAUUAUUCUUCAGCAUGGUUACCUGGUAAUGAAUCAUUGUGGCAGGCCACAACUGUUCCAUCUAACCACCGAAAUAACCAUAUCAGGCGACAUAGUAUAGCUUCUGACAGUGGAGACACCGGCAUUGGAACUUCCUGUUCUGACAGUGUGGAAGAUCAUUCAACUUCAAGUGGUAUAUUAUCUUUUAAGCCUAGUCGAUCAUUAGUUACUCUUCCUACUGCCCAUGUCAUGCCGUCUAACUCCAGUGCUUCAGUUUCUAAACAUAGGGAAUCAUUGAUAUCAGGUGGCUCAAAAUGGAGUUCAAGCCUCAUUCAAACAUUGGGAAACCACAGUAGAGUUGAACAGGAUUCUUCACUAGACAUGAAGGACUUCCGACCCCUUCGGAAAUGGUCAUCUUUAUCCAAACUCACUGCCCCGGAUAACUACAGCGAGGGUGGCAUUAUACACACUGAAGAGUCAAGGAGUGGACUGGAAAAGACAGGGAGGGGCAAGGCUUUGACAUCACAACUAAGGACAGUGGGGCCCAGCUGCUUGGAAAUGCUUAAGCUGGAGGACAAGGAAAUAAAUAAAAAACGAUCAUCAACUCUGGACUGCAAAUACAAAUUUGAGAGCUGUAGCAAAGAGGCCUUUAGAGCUUCUUCCUUCACUCUAAGGAGACAGACCUCAGACAUGACACACAGUGCCUUACCUGAAAGUAAGCCCAUUAGGACCAGCUCAGAUGCUUUUGAACCUACGAAAUACUUAAUGCUUGGUCAACAGGCAGUAGGUGGGGUUCCCAUUCAGCCUUCCGUGAGAACACAGAUGUGGCUUACAGAACAGUUGCGGACAAACCCCUUGGAAAGCAGAGCUCCGGAGGACUCUCAAAGCUCAGCGCCUUGGCAACACCAACAGGUUGAAGAGUUUCGGCAAGAAAGUGAAAUACCAAUGCAGGUAUUGACUGGAUCAUCUCAUCAAAGUUAUUCACCUUCUGGCUAUCAGGAUUUCAGUAAGUGGGAAUCAGUGCUGAAAAUAAAAGAAGGACUACUAAGGCAGAAAGAAAUUGUAAUUGAUCGGCAGAAGCAACAAAUUACCCACCUACAUGAGAGGAUAAGAGAUAAUGAAUUACGUGCACAACAUGCCAUGUUAGGGCAUUAUGUAACUUGUGAGGAUUCUUAUGUGGCUAGGUUACAGCCACAAUAUGAGAACACUUCACUCCAAACUGAAUGUUCUGAUCAGUCAGUGUCCCAUUCCCAGCAAGAGGAACUUGAGCAAAAGCUAGCAUCUACUGAGAAAGAGGUUUUACAACUCAAUCAGUUUCUCAAACAAAGAUUAAGCCAAUUUAGUGAAGAGAAGAAGAAACUGGAGGAAAAGCUUAAAACCAGAGAUAGAUACAUCAGUAGCCUGAAAAAGAAAUGCCAGAAGGAAUCUGAACAAAACAAAGAAAAACAGAGAAGAAUUGAGACCUUGGAAAAGUAUCUGGCUGAUCUCCCAACUCUAGAUGAUGUACAGAGUCAGAGCCUAAAGCUGCAGGUUCUAGAAGAAAAAAAUAAGAAUUUGCAAGAGACUUUGAUAGAUACAGAAGAAAAACUUGAAGAGAUGAAAAAACAGUGUCAAGAGAAAGAGGCACAGCUAAUAUGCCAGAAAAAGAAGGAAAAGGAAUUGGUAACAACAGUUCAGAGUUUACAGCAAAAAGUAGAAAAAUGCCUUGAAGAUGGAAUCCGCCUUCCCAUGUUAGAUGCAAAACAGCUUCAGAAUGAAAAUGAUAACCUGAGAGAACAAAAUGAGAAUGCUAAUAAGAUAAUAGACAGCCAACAAAAUGAGAUUGAUAGAAUGAUUUUAGAAAUUCAGUCUAUGCAAGGGAAACUUUCUAAAGAAAAAUUGACCACUCAAAAUAUGAUGGAAGAGCUGGAAAAGAAAGAAAGAAACCUACAGAAAUUAAGAAAAACAUUGCUUGAUAACCAAGGGCAAACAGAAGAGACAUGCUCUUUAUUGGAUCAGGGCCAGGAAGCAGACCAAUCUAGGCAGCAGACAGUUCUCUCCAAGUGGCCACUAUUUGAUUUCAGUGUGAUUGAUCAGCUGUUCAAGGAAAUGUCUUAUUGUUUGUUAGACUUAAAGGCAUUAUGUAGUAUUCUUAAUCAGCGUGCUCAGGGCAAAGAGCCUAAUCUUUCAUUAUUACUGGGAAUCAGAUCAAUGAACUGUUCAGCUGAAGAGACUGAGAAUGACCAGAACCCAGAAACACUCACUAAAAAAUUGUCCGAUGUGUGCCAGUUACGAAGGGACAUCGAUGAAUUAAGGACUACAAUAUCAGAUCGCUAUGCUCAGGACAUGGGAGACAACUGCAUCACCCAGUGAUCAAGUGUUGAUCCCACAGCAAUAAUGAUGCUUUGUUAAAUGCUGCUGUGUUACAGUUCUUCAUAUUUCUUUUUAGGACCCAUAAUGGAAAGUUGCCAGUGACAUAUGAGUUACACAUAGGAUUUUUUUUCUGUGGAUUUGUUGUGGGUAUAAAAGGAAUAUAAGGAGAUUUCAAAGGGGCUUAUCUAAUCAGGCCAAAAAACUGAAUUACCAUUUGAAAAAUGUGAUAAACUGUAUAAAAAAAUUCUGUAUUCUCAAACUACUGAUUGUAGGACCAAGCUGUGAAUAGUGCCCUUCAGUUAGAAGGGUAGGAUUUCUUUUUAUCCUAUAGUUGUGUGUGUGUGUAUGUGUGCAUGUGUGUUUAUUCAUAAAAUUAUAAGGAUUUCUAGGGUAAAAGCAAAGCUUCUGAGAAAAGGCACAUACUGUUUAUUCUUGUAUUUCUUUUCUUUCAUGUAGAAGCUUGUGCUGUACUUGGUCGUUUUCAAGGGCUGGCUGAGCAAGAGUUCAAACAGUAGGCAAGUGUUCUAAGGUGGUAACAGCAAGGCAAAACCUUUGUAUUUUGAACAACCGGUGUGCUGAGAUGAUGAGGCUUUGGGGUUGGGUUGAUUUUAGUACUGUAGAUAGGUCAGCUAUUUUUCCAGAAUUAUUUUGGAUUGCCUUAGAGGUGUGAAAUUUUAAUGUGAUAAUCUUUCAUUAGCAUUGUAAUUUAUAUAUUGCAAGACAAUUUAAGAUAAUUUGAACCCAUUUUAAUGCAUCCUUUACUAUUUAAAAUGCUAUAUUUGUAUAUAUACCAAUGUAAACACAGCCAUAUAUAAUUAAUGCAAACCUUGUAAGGCUUCCUAUCAGAUGGUAAAAGAUUAACAAAGUGACUCUGGAACAAUAACUUACUUAUCCAAAUCUCAAAGGUUUACAUUUUAGCAGUUUGUUUCUGUUUUAAAGUUGAGACUACUUUAAGAAAAAGCCAACUUGAAUUCUUUAUAUCUGAAUUAUCACUAGCAGAAAAACAAAAUCUAAAUCAGGUGAUCCACCAAUUCCUUUUAUUAAGUAAAGUAUAUUAAAAACAGGGUUUCUUCUAGAAUGCGAACUUGGCCAGGUUAGUUCUUCUUGGGUACAGGAUAUCACUAUGAAAUGCAAUUGAUUUUUAAGUAGACAUAGAACUAUUUAAGCUUCCAGAUGAAUAUUUCCCUGUUUUUGUUGAUAUUUUGGAAGGACUAUAUAUUUUAUUGCCUUCAGAGCAUUCAUUACAUUAUUUUGACUGUACUUAGUUAUGGCAGUCAAUGUCCUUUACAAAUACGUUUGUUUUCUUGAUGCAACCAAAUCUCAUUUAGGUCAAGAUUAAAUAAAUGGUAAAAGAAAUAAGGGAUGUGAGUCAAACAGGAUAAUAAUUGUUUUGGGCAACAGCUUAUCACAUAUCUGUUUUCUUGCUAGGCUUGUAUAUUGGUAUAAAGGCUAUUCCCAGAAAAGAUUUUUCUUAAAUAUUUUCAGCAGUGAAAACAUAUGUGGAAUAAAGCCCCAAGGAAACUACUCAGGAAGACAUUCUGUUCAGAAUUUGGCUUAUAUGCAGUGCUCAAUAAGUUAUUUAUAGUUACAUUUCAUCAGUUAAACUAUACUGUAAGAACAUCAGACUUCCCUCUGUUCAGUGCCUGAACUCCCUGCUUUUCUUGUUAGGAUCUGGGCACUAAGAAAUCAGUGCAUUGUCGUGAUUCUGUAUCCCAACAUCCAUAACCUAAUAAGGAGGGACUUUGCCACUGGUAAGAAAUCGGCAUUCUAACAUGUUCAUUUGUCCUGUAAUGUUGGUGGUUUGAAGACAAUCAGGGAGUAGUAAAUUUGUACCAGAAAUCUGAUGCAAAAAAUUCUGCCUUGCAUCAAAUUAAUAUCUGUAAAAGUGAUUGUGGAGUAGAUAAUAACAUCUGAAAGAGAUGAACCACAUGUGCAGUACACUACCUUUUUACACUUUCUUUGGAUAGAAUCCCUUCCCCCAUUCCACUGUCCAUAAUUUUGGAAGUAAGGCACCCUAAAAUGAAUAGUACUAGUUAAUGGGCAAAUAUUCACUUCUUUGGGUCACUAGGUCCGUACUUAAAUGUCUCCUAGAUUUUUAAUGUAUGUUUUGGGAUUUUAUGGUUAUUGUUUUAAACAAAACUUUUGGUCAUUUGUUUUGAUCUAUCAUAGAUAAUUUUUUCUGGCUUAGGAUAAAAUAACAUUUGAUUUUUUAAAAUAAGUUUUCUAAACUUCACAGAGUUUGACUUAAUUCACAUAUCUUUUGAUAAAAGUUUUUUAACAAGAAAUUGACAAGCUACUGCUGAUGUAUUUCAGUUUCCAAAAACACAUACUCCUGUGAAUCAAAAAGGAAAAUAAGAUAUAGUUUAACUAAAACCUUCAGUUACAAAAUGUAAUCUCCUGGAGUCUAGAGUUUAUGAAAGGACCUAGUUAAUAUGUAGACAGUCUUGGAUGGCAGUUUUGAGGGAAAUGAAACUAGUAGUUUCUAACUAAUCUGUUAGUAUUUGACUUUGAUUUUGAUUAUUCAGAAAAUUCCCCUUUCCCAAGACAACCUCCUGUAUUAGAAUAUAAUAAUAUUGGUAUCUUAUCG